AUGCCAGGCAAAAACCUGACAAGCAAGUCCGGCACCUUGGCAUAUCUCGCCCCCGAGGUCUACGCAGGAAACGGCUAUGACGUACGCGCGGAUUGGUGGUCAUUAGGUGUCUUAUUCUACGAAUGCAUUUACAACAAGAGGCCCUUCGAGGGAAAUUCCGAAUCAUCAUUGAGCGCCGUGAUUCAAGCUGCAAAGCCCAGGUUUCCCGUAACAAAUCCUCCGGUGUCGCUUACAUGCAUGUACGCCAUCCAGGCCGCCCUGGAACCCAAUCCGAGCAAACGUAUGGGCCACACAUGGGAGAGCUUCAUUCACAAUGACUUUUUCUCCAUGAUCGAUUUCAUGGCCCUGGAAAGGAAGGAGAUUGAGCCAGUGUUUAUCCCAUCAUCCGAAAAGACCAACUUUGACGCUACUUACGAUUUGGAAGAGCUACUUUUGGAGGAAGCGCCGCUUGAGGCUCGUGCGCGGAGACAGAAACCUAGGGAAAGGUUAAAGGACGACGCGACAGACAAGGAGAUUCGUGAGGACGAGCUCUACAGGAUGAUAGAGACGGAUUUCCGCAACUUUGACUACACUGUGGCCGCUUAUAAGAAAAUCGCAUCACAAACCACCCAACCAAACGGGCAACCAGCAGCACCAGCAGCCGCUGCCGGCAAAGAAAACCUCCAGCCCGGCACCGCCCAAACAACCGACACGGCCACAGCCGCGCCCGCCACGACAAACGGUAACUCCCCAACCGACAGCAACAAACUCACCCGCCCCCCGUCAAACCACUCGCGACGCAGCGCCCCAGGCCGCCCUCCCCCACUGCCGCCAUACCCCCAGUCUUACAACCCCCGCGCUGGAAACCGUUCGGGACCAGGAAUGAUUGUCGAGUCCCCAACAGGCGGCGUACAGGUUACUCUCGACGGGGGCGGCAGCUGGAGCGACCUUGCCAGACAGGACGCGACACUCCCAGCGGACGCCUCUGGGGCGAAUAACGAUCUGGAUGGAAAGGAAAGCGGCGGUGGGGGUGUCUUUGGGUUUUUGAGCAGGAAGAAGGGGAGGGGGAAUAGUCCAAAGCCUAAAGAAAGGGGUGUAUUGGGCAAGGAGGGUGCGAGAGUGGUGAUUGGGUGA